UGACGGUUGUUUUCUCUAUUUUAAGCUGUUUAUCAUUUACCCUGAGCUUUACAUGUUGCAAUCGUUUUCAGUCUUUCAGUGGGUUUUAUUUUUUUCUAUUGUAUUUCUACCUCUCAAUGGCAAAAAGGGCAGAUAUAUCUCUGUUAAAAUAUUACAGCUAGCAUAAUUAAAAGUUUAUUUAUACAGGCAAAGAUUUCUUAAAAAAGCUUUUUCUUGGCUAAUAGAGAGAGGUGAAGAAGGGUAAUGAGUAUGCCUAAUACGUUUCCAGAUUUUUAGAUUUUUUUCAGCGUUUCUGGCUGAAACAUGCAAAGACCUCUCCAAAGCGGAAAUGAAAAUAUGCAACAAACCACUAAAAAUAAGGCCAAAGAAAUAACGACUCAAACCCGCGCAAGCUUACAACCACAAAACCACUUAUGUAUUAAUAUUUGGAAGAUUUAGGUCUAUACAGAACAUGGGAACCCAUUUAAAGAUACAGACAGAGAAGACGUUACGGAACAAAUUCAUAUGGAUAGAUUUAAAGACGUAUCAUUGUCGAUCAUUAAAACUGAUUUGACCACACAAUUAUGCUUAGGUGUUUUGACAAUGUCGCUUAUGCACAAAGUUUUUAAACAAACGUAUUUGGUGGACAUUUUCGUUAAUUAUAACAAAUCUUGGCAUUCAGACUCCGCGUCAAACCUGCCCCAACAUAACGCCCCCUUCCCACCCACAUAGCUCAUUGUUGUCAUAGCAAUAACAAUUUGACGUCAAAUUACUUCUAUAGUCAAUUCAAACAGCUUUAACGAUGAGUAAGGAGGCUGUGGAAAGUAGUUUAAAAAGUUCUUAUUCUCUCUGGACCUCAACGCCACAGCUAGUGAGUAUAAAAACAGCCAAUAAAAGCGCUACCCAGAUCAGUGGCGAAAGGUCAUGGAUUGAAACAAUGAAAAGAGACACGAAAAGUUUCAGUUACUUCCAAACCAACUCCGUUUCUAUAUAUGGAGGUUGUUUAAAACAUCAUCAUUGGUUAUCCUCUCCAGAGAUCGUGCCGUCUAACGAUAAUUCAUCAAUAGAUGCUUCCAAGAAAUCUCCUAGUCAAGCAAAAGGAUAUUUGUGAUAAGCUGGUUAAAUAUGUGAAAAUACAUUCCUUCGAAUAACCAUUUGUCAUUUUUAUUGAUUAUAGAUUAUUGAUUGAUGCAUAUUCAGAUUCUAGGGUAAAUAUUGGUGAAUGUCCAUCCUCUAUUCUCUAUGUUCUAUGCUGUUUAAAUCUAUAAAAUUUUCUGAUCUGUUUCAAUGAAUCAGAAGCGCAAAAACACUCGAGACACCCGUCUGACAUUCUCCUAUCACAGUUUUUUAUCGAAAAGCUUACAAACCCGGAAGCGGUUUAAAAUGUAUUUAAAUGUAGUCAAAUGUCACUUGUUGGCUGUCAAUAAACAAAGGCAUAAAAGCUGAAAUUGAAGGAUAGAACCGUAUUAAUCUUUGCUUUUCUCCUGAAAUAUAUUUGCUAGAUAACACUAAAUUUCUUUUAAAACUUAAAUGUCGUCUC